AACAGAGCCUGGUUCAGGCGUUUGAUGUUCUCCAUGGAGAGCUGAGGAAGCCAAAGAAACAUAGCAUGUUAGAUUACAAGAACAUCACAGACAGAAAAUGAACAGUAACCACAAGUAACCUGCAGUAUUUAUGACAUAUGUUGAAGACCCACAAGACCCCGCUUCGUUUAGUUUCCCAUUUUUAGACCAGUCUGAUCGAGUACUCACUGCUACGUUCAUGUUGGCCAGCUUGAGUUGAGUGUUGAGGCGACCCCUGUGGACAGGGCACACGUCCUGCAGUCCAGCAAAGGGAGACACAGUGAUGGUCCGUCCCACAGGCAGAAUGGGCAGGCUGUCAGUGAAGCCUCCAUCAAUCCAUUUCUAAAAAGAAAAACACAGUGUGGAUACAGUCAUAGUGUGACUCCAAAUUAGGUAGAAAAUAGAUGUGUGUUAUUUGUUCUCUUUUCCUAAACUGCAAGACCUUUACCUGUCCUCUCAAUUCCACUGGUUUGAGUCCAGCAUAAACAGGCACAAAGCUGCUGGCCAGUAGCGCCUGGGAACGUUACAAAAGAGUUAUUAAAUCAGAAAAGUCUUCGUCUUGCAGCCAGUUCAAACAUUGAUUCAUCAGCAGGAAGAAAAGCUGGACAUUUUGGCCUCGUCUGCAACUUACAAGAGCAAUACUUUCAGUAAAAGUCACAUAAAGAGGAGGAAAUGUAACAGUUGGGCCCCUUAAAUCCUGCAUGUAGACCUUCAUUACACAAUGACUGACUUUGUUGGUGUCACUUUCUGGUCAAAGUAGUAAAACAAAUCUUGUAGAAUGAAUAAAAACGGGGAUGUUAAAUUAUUCAUAAAGAUUUAUGGCGGCCUUUUAAAGAAUCAGCGUCAUGUGUGAGAGGAGGAGGGGGUGUACCAUUAUGAGCUCAUCUCUGGAGCUAAACCUGGACACGAUGUGGUUCUUGCCACUUCUGGAGUGUGUUAUGGAGAUGUGGAGUCGCUCCGAGGCCAGACUGUGAGCCUCACUGGGCAGAAUGUCUUCUAUCCCGUCCCUGCGGUGAAUACACAAUCAGAUGAUUCAUUGAUAGACCCAUUAUCAGAGGAGAUGAGGAAAAAUUGUGUGAAAUGCUGUUAUAUUUUCAGUCGCAUGGGAGGGAAAUUGUCAUUUUGUCUCAGUGUAAACGUAUUUACCGCAGUUCAAGCAUGAAGUCGUAUCCUGGUGUGACGGCCCCAAACCGCUGCCUCCUCACGCUGUCAGCAAACCUGUAGGUGAACUCUUUACAGUUCUGCAAGAGAAGGAAGCAAAUCACAUCACACUUCAUUCAGUUAUACUGCCACUCAAAUCACACCUUGCUGUUCAUUCAGUUUUGAAAAUUCUCCAACCCACUUAGCAGGGCCACCAUACCUCUAACUUGUCAGGAGCUGUGAUCAUUACAGCAGCCACCAGGGCCCCGGCAGAGGCCCCUGCGCAGGCCCUCAGAGAGCCCAGCAGCCUGUCCCCGUGGCGGAGAAAGGCCCUGACGGCACCCAGGUGGUAGAUCCCCAAGAAGCCACAGGCAGCGAAGGACAGGUUCAGGACUGUCAUCCUCAGAACCUGCAGAGACACCAAUGAUCAGGACAAAAUAACAAGGAGUGGCCAGCUUAAGCAGCUAGUUUGCUAGCCAACACAUCUAUUGACAUUUUGGAGGACCUGAAGGCUGCUGGGAAAUUCUACGACAUGGAUAUUGACCACUUCACUAUCACGUAAAACAGGAGAAUGGCCUUCCUCUACAAACGGGCGCUACAUUCCACUACAGCACGGCUUUCAGACUCCUCUUACAAACCCGAUCAAUGACUUGACUCGAGAUACAUGUUUCGCCUUACGAAUGUGCUGCUGCGCUGAUUCAAACGGACACGUUGAUCCCUGAAAUCCAAUAGUCAUUUCAGGGAUGAGAGCGUUAUCUCCUGGAAAUCUCCCCGCGUUGUCAUUUUGAAGAUUGCCUCGCUAUAGGUCACUCAGAGAUACAUUGAGCAACAUGUGGGUGGAGAAGCGUCUUUCAGCAGCUCCAUCCUCACGCUCCUGAGUGUUGAUGCACAGCAGUGGGGUUCUGACUGCUCCCCCCAGUGCUUCUUUGAUCCUCCAGCAGCAGAAUCAGACUCUGACGGAGCUAAUCACACACAUUUUCCUGUCCACAAGCAACUGCAUUAAGAACGACACAGAGCGAUUGUACACCGUGUCCUUCCAGGAGAUCUGUGACCGCUAUGGGAAGCAGUACACCUGGGAGGUGAAGUCCUCUGUGAUGGGAAGGAGGGCUCUGGAUGCUGCACAGAUGAUCCGUGAUGCUCUGGAUCUCCCCAUGUCCGCUGAGGAACUGCUCACCGAAAGCAGACAGAUCCAAGAGAGGAUCUUUCCCACCUCCAAACUCAUGCCAGGUGUGGAGAAGCUGGUGCUCCACCUGCAGAAGCACAACAUCCCCACCGCGGUGGCCACCAGCUCGGCGGGGGCCACCUUCCAGCUGAAGACGCUCCAGCACAAGCACUUCUUCAGUCAGUUCGACCACAUCGUUCUGGGGGACGACCCCGACGUGAAGGACAGCAAACCUGCACCCGACUCCUUCCUGGUGUGCGCCUCCAGGUUCCUCCCACCCGCUGCUGCAGAGAACUGCCUGGUGUUUGAAGACGCUCCAAACGGUGUGAAGGCGGCGCUGGCGGCUGGGAUGCAGGUGGUGAUGAUUCCAGACGACAACAUGGACCCCAGCCUUACCCAGGAGGCCACGCUGCGACUCGGGAGCAUGGAGGAGUUUGAGCCGCAGCUCUUCGGCCUGCCGGCAUAUGAAUGAGACGCAGACAAAUCAAAGGAGUAUGAUUCAGUGAGAAAACAAUGAAAGCCUUAACAUAAGUGACGAUUUCUGUCUAAAGUGAUGAUUUAAGUGCUUAGAAAAUGGAAAAGCACUUGUAUACUAAGUUGAAAGCACAGUGUGAAUACUGUCUGUCCUUUUGCUGUCAUUUUUGUAAUGCCAAAAGCUUCUCCCUCUUCUGAGUCCACUUUUCCUCCAUGGAAACCUGAGGAUUAAACACCUAAUUUACAAAGCGUAGCUCUCCUUCCCUUUAUGCUCCAGAGUUCUUUCGUAUAGCGAGAGAACAGUGGGGAUGUUGCUGCGAAACGUUUAAAUAGCCACUGGAACACAACAUAAAGCACCUUUUAAUCUUGUGCCGCUUCACUCGACUUCAAGGUUAAGCUUUCAGACAGCCUUCGAGUGAUUUUAACACGCACGGCAGUUGUGUUGCCGGCACAUGUUUACCAGGAUCUGUGCGUGUUUCCAUCGAGGGCAUGUGGAAGCGCACGCACUCCAAAGUCUUUCCGCGUGUACUUCUUCUUUGAAAUUGAAAUCCGCCUUGUGAAGAGCUUGGCAUCUUCCCUCUCAUUUGUGCCUGCUCUGACCCAUUUCCAGAUAAUGGUUUUCAGCUGGGGGCGAAAAUCGUUUGGCACCCGGGCUUUUUGUCAUUCUUAAAUCGACUAUCUUUAGGCUUUUUCUUGGCUCCACGAUUGUACGGUGGGUUAGCCAUUGAAAAGCCCCCACAGCUCCCCAAACAUACAUGUUAAAAAAUCCAUAAAGCUGCACCCUGUGCCCUUUAUCCUUUACCUUUCUCUUUUAUCCUCCCAGCAGCUGUCCGUGACUGAGGAGGGGUGAAGAGAUAGUUUUCCGGGCGCUUUUUUUUGGUCGGUGCUCACCACUGAUAGGCAGAGUGGCUGUGGGACACAUUCAUCUUCAGCGUUUCUACCCGGAUGUUAUCAGACAAGCAGCUCAUCUACAGGCAGAGUGGAAAACACUGGACGUCAGAGAAGGAUAUCGUAUGGAUGACCUAAUUUUAAACAUUUCUUCCGUCUUAAGGGGCCGUCCACAUGGACAUAGCAGGGAUGCGCAUCUGAUAAAGCAGGCGGGCCUCCCUCGGAACACUUCCUUCAAUCUUGUCUCAGAGGAGUGCUCUUUACAGAUACUGACUGUCAUAUCUCUGAGGAAGCAGUUUCUAUUUUUCUUCCAGGGAUUUAGGAAGAGAAGUCAUCACCUUCCUGAAGGAGAUAAGGGAUUAAAUAAGCAUCUUGCAGUCAGGAAAUCCUCUCUGAUUCCACUAUUUUAAUUGAUUUGUCUGUGACAAUCUAAAGAUUUGCAUCUAAAUACUCCACAGAGCAUUUCCUCGUAUUUAUAACCUUAAGAAAAUCCGCCUUUCCUUAAACAGCCAAAACAAAUAACUCCUCCAUGUGCAAGGUGAGAUAUAUUCUUGACACAAAGCAAAGGCACAUCUCAAGCCUGCAUAUCUCCAAAGCACAGGCGAUGGCUGAAGUGCCAAGAAGGGUGGAGCACAGAAGAAAGCCAAGAGGGGAUGGGAGUAGUCGCUGGAUGAUUCUGUAUUCCACUACCAGUGUGUGCAACCUCCACUUGAACCAAAAGGGUUUUGUGGAGAUGAAGAUAUGGCCGCCGCUGACCAUGAGAAGCACUUUGUCUGUUGUGAGACAGCAAGCAGACUGUGAGCUCUCUGCACUCUCCGUGCUUCUUCAGGGAUGCAAAUAGCCCUCAUGUUUUAUUCAGCUCGGAGCGAUGAGAGAAUAAAUUUGAUUACAGGAGCAGGUGAUAGGGAGGACGAUGCUGGGGAGCGUGUUUGAUGCACAAUUAAGGCCAGACAAUAUCAAACAAGCAUGUUUGGUUGAACUGCUUUGUGGAAUUAAACAGCAACCCCUUUGUUGUGUUUGGAGUUGAAACAAUGGAAUUAAUAGCAUUCAUCAUUUUUGUUUCAGAUGUGUCCAUCUAUGUAGACGGCUUUGGUUGAAGGUGAGCAACAUGAAUCGGCAUCUCGUACUGUAUGUCAAUGCUGGUUUACCCAAGGCAUUUCGGUGGAAGACAGCCAAUCACACCGCCCCAACAGUUUUCUGAAUGUUUAACUUCCUCACACCUGGUUUCCCAAACUGCUGUGGACACAUUUAGACAUUCUUGAUGCUUUCCUUGUCCCAUUCUACGAGUCCUCUGUAGCCAUACGAAGAAGGAUCCUUUUGACAGCCUCAAUCCUAUCCUUUCUCUGAUUAUUUUGUCUGCAUUUAAUUUGCGCCUCCACUGCUGGUUUGGUGAAUAAUUUAUUGUGGGAAUUGAUUCCUGGCUUAAUUUUUAAUCAAGUCUAUAUUUAUUCCACCUUGCUCUCCACCCGUAUGCGGCAGCCAGUGGGUAAACUGGCGGGGGAAUUGUCUUUCUGGUUUUGGUAUGCCUUAGCAGACGUUCUGCCUCAGCUGGAAUAUCACGCUGGCACAUCAUCGCUGCUCUCUCAAAGACUCUGUUCUGUGUGCGAGUCAAUAGUGAUCUAAUGCAGAGAGGAGAAUGUAAAGUAAAAGGAGCCCAUGAAUACUUUACAGCGACUUUCCUGCGAAGGACAACAGUGACAAAUGAGCUAACAGCAUCAGCAUCUCAUUUCCACGGUCUGCACACUCUCUCCGGAUCUUUUUAUCUCCCACUGUUAAUCUUCUCUUUUGAGGCGUACACUGUGUGGCUUAGAGCUUCCAUUGAAGCCAGGAGAAUGUGUGUGAACAAGUGUUCCACAAAACGCCUCUUCCAUCGCCGUACAUCAGUGCCAAGAGGACGACCGGUACAGAGACGCCUCCGUUCCAGCAGCAAUAAUGGGAAAUGGAAUACAAAUUGCAACACAAAUAUACAGUUGGUAGAAUACAGACAUUUAAAGGAAGGCAAAUGAUGCUGCAAAGGGUCGCCUCGGUUCGAUAAAGUGCCUCUGGCUACACGUCAGGAGAGCUGGUCGCCCUUGAUUUUCUGAAUAAUGUAUGCCGCAUCAGUGUGAGGUGCUGGGAGCAACAUUUCCAUCUUACAGCACACCAAAAUACACAAAAUGUCACAGAGUACCUCAGCCCACAGCACUGAUGUAUCUCCUAAUGUCACUCUGUAUCUGUCCUUGGAGUUUAUAAACUCGAUUAUUUUUGUUUCAUUAUUAUCUAGUCGCAAGUUAUGGAAGCCCUGAAAGCCAAACGAAAGAAAGUGGUGAUUGAAAUUCAGUAGAAAUUGUUUUGUUGUUUUUGUGAUUCAAGAACACAUUCAAACUUUUUUGCACAAACUCAUUUUGUAGGUUACCAAAGAACAGGUGAUUAAAAUAAUAACUAUCCAUACAUAAAUGCCUUCCUUGACAGUUGAAUGGGGCAAGUUAAGUUAAUGCUCAAUUUUCCGUUUCCGUAAAUUAAUAAAGAACAGUUGAAGAAAAGCAUCAAAAACUAUGUUUAGUGUUUAGCGGCUCACACUUAGCUAGCUCAUAUUAGCAUUAGCAUCAGCUCUGUAUUUGAUUGCUCUGUUUUGCAUUCUGUUAUUUUGUGUUUGCUUCACCUGAUUUCUCUCACCCUAUCCAAUCAAUGAUAGUUUAAACUUUUGUUGUGCUGCCCCCACCCCCCUCCAUGACUGGUGCUAAACUAAAUCAAAAAAAGGAGAAGCUCAUUGGCUAAUCGUUGCCCCAGUUUGUGACUCUCACAUAUACACUUUGUUGACAUGGACAUAAAUGAGCUGCUUAUCCCAGUUAGGGGAUGUGGUGUUUAAAUGAGCUCAGAGAAACUGGGUUAGUGGUAUUCCCCCAGUUAACAAACUUACACUUGGAAAGAGGAGUUGAAGGCUGAACCCACGGCACUAUGCUGCCUUAUUAUUAUCACUAUUAGCACGAUAUUGUAACACUUAUAACAGGUAAGAAGUCAGCUAGGUUCUCUAAAUGUGGGUUUUUCGAUCCUAAGGCACUUGCUUUAGCAUUUGUUCGAAAGUCAUGCAUUAAAUUAAGUUUAAUUCCCUUAACUAUCAUAUAACUCCCAGUAUUGAUAAAGACAGGGCCAGGUCCGUCAGAAGAGUAAACUCACAUUCACUGCAGCAUGCUAAUGGCUUAAAAACGCCCUCGUAUUUGCAGCACGAUUAAUACCAAAUCAUUUGACACAUGACUAAUUCUCCUCCAGCAGGAGAACCUCCGUUUACAAGCCCUGGUUGUAAAGCUGCCUUUAAUGACCCGCACUCCGGGGCCCCUCGGGAUGUUAAUGGACAGUGAGGGAUGCCCCUUGUCCUCCCAUUUAAAUGGUGGUUUCAGCGCUGUGCUGAGUGGUCAGGAUGGCCCCCUCUGACUGCUGCUGUGAUGGGGCACGUCGUUGCCCCGAGGGCCGGCCCGAUCGAUGAAAGUGUUUCUCUUGCCAGCCGGCACCUGCCAGGUUGUCAAUAGCACUCAAACCAUGACAACACGCCGCAUUAAACAACUCCAGCUGUU